GCACGCUGUCCAACUACAGCCUGAGUAACAUGACAGAACUACUGACACUAAUCCUAAGCUACAACCGUUUGAGGUGUAUACCAGUCAGGGCCUUCGAUGGACUCAAGUCUCUACGGUUACUGUCUCUCCAUGGAAAUGACAUAUCUGUGGUACCGGAGGGAGCUUUCAAAGACCUGGCCUCGCUCUCUCACCUGGCUCUGGGGGCCAACCCCCUGUAUUGUGACUGUAGGAUGCAGUGGCUGUCUGACUGGGUGAAGAGUGGGUAUAAGGAGCCUGGUAUCGCCCGUUGUGCCGGCCCUGGAGACAUGACAGAUAAACUACUGCUGACCACACCGUCCAAGAAGUUCACCUGCACAGGUCCUCUAGAUGUGAGUAUCCAGGCGAAGUGCGAGCCGUGUCUCUCCAACCCCUGUCACAACGACGGUACCUGCUCCAACCACCCCGUCACCUUCUACCGCUGUAGCUGCCCCUACGGAUUCAAGGGUCAGGACUGUGAGGAACCUCUCCAUGCCUGUAUCAGUAACCCCUGCCAGAACGCUGGUACCUGCCAUCUGAAAGAAGGAGAACGCAGCAACUACUGGUGUGUGUGCGCGGAGGGUUUCGAGGGGGAUGUGUGUGAGAUCAACGUUGACGACUGUGACGACAACGACUGUGAGAACAACGCAACCUGCGUCGACGGAAUCAACAACUACACCUGCAUGUGUAGCCUGGAGUACACAGGUGAGCUGUGUGAGGAGAAACUAGAUUUCUGUGCCCCAGAGUUGAACCUCUGUCAGCACGACUCCAAAUGCAUCCUGACCCUCCAGGGGUACAAGUGUGAUUGUACCCCGGGCUACGUGGGGGACCAGUGUGAGCUGGACCAUGACGACUGUGAGGAGAACAAGUGUCAGAACGGAGCUCAGUGUAUUGAUGCUGUCAACGGAUACACCUGUGUCUGUCCUGAGGGUUACAGCGGUCUGUUCUGUGAGGUCUCUCCUCCCAUGGUUCUGCCGCGCACCAGUCCCUGUGACGACCACGAGUGUACGAACGGAGCGCAGUGCGUCGUCGUGGAGACGGACCCCCGCUGUCAGUGUCUCCACGGUUACGAGGGCGAGUGGUGCGAGACGCUAGCCAGUGUCAACUUCGUCAACCGACAGUCUUACCUGCAGCUGCCCUCUAGUCUGCUCACACCUGAGACGAACAUCACACUACAGAUUGCUACAGAUGAGGACAGUGGUGUGUUGCUGUAUAAAGGAGACCAGGACCACAUUACCAUAGAGUUGUAUAGAGGACGUCUCCGUGUCAGCUACCACACUGGAACAAACCCUGCCUCUGCUAUAUACAGUGUGGAGACAGUAAAUGAUGGUGUGUUCCAUGUGGUAGAGUUGGUGGCAUCAGAUCAGACUGUGUCUCUGUCUAUUGAUGGAGGACCAGUCAAGUCUAUCAACUCUCUGAGUAAACAGUCAACGCUCAGCAUGGAUUCUCCUCUAUACCUGGGAGGUAUGCCAGAUCGUUGGUCAGUCUCUGCAGCGCUGCAUUCUGGAGCCGGGGGGCAGAACGGGAGCAGCUUCCACGGCUGUCUCAGGAACCUCUAUAUCAACGGACAGCUGCAGGACCUGGGAAUCGGGCUGGAGCAGGGACAGACUGGUGUUGAAGCGGGGUGCCAGCCGUGCCAGGCAGGUGUGUGUGGCCAGGGUGACUGCCACCCAACGGGGCAGAGAGGCUUCUCCUGUACCUGCCACCCUGGGUGGACCGGAGACCGCUGUCUGGAUCAGGUCAACAACCCCUGUGAUGGGAACAAGUGUAUCCAUGGUUCAUGUCUUCCUAUCAACUCCUACUCCUACUCUUGUCGCUGCCAGCCAGGGUUCCUCGGGGUGCUGUGUGACGAGGCAGACCAGGAGGUGCUGGACCCCUGUCAGCUGACCACGUGUAAACAUGGGAAAUGUAGGCUGUCUGGCCUGGGCAAGGCCUACUGUCAAUGUAACUCGGGAUACACGGGGGACGCCUGCGACAGAGAGGUGGUCUGUCGAGGGGAACGGCUCCGAGAUGUCUACCAGCUCCAGAGGGGCUAUUCGGCGUGUCAAACCCAGGAGAAGGUCUCCCGUCUAGAGUGUCGCGGUUCCUGUCCGGAGGGCGCUGACGGGGGGGGCGGGAGCGGCUGCUGCUCCCCUUUACGUUCCAAACGCAGGAAAUACACCUUCCACUGCACCGACGGCUCCUCCUUCGUACAGGAAGUGGAGAAGGUGGUGAAGUGCGGCUGUACAAAGUGUCCUCCCUCGUAAAACGUCCCCCCUUUAUCCUGUACCCUGAAAGGUUCCACCUCCUGUUCCUGUUCCUGUCUCUCUCUGGAAGGAAACCCGUCCAUCCCUCUCUCCUCCCCCGACCUCCCCUCCCUCUCUCCUCCUCCGACCUCCCCUCCCUCUCUCCUCCUCCGACCUCCCCUCCCUCUCUCCUCCUCCGACCUCCCCUCCCUCUCCUCCUCCGACCUCCCCUCCCUCUCCUCCUCCGACCUCCCCUCCCUCUCUCCUCCUCCGACCUCCCCUCCCUCUCUCCUCCUCCGACCUCCCCUCCCUCUCUCCUCCUCCGACCUCCCCUCCCUCUCUCCUCCUCCUCCGACCUCCCCUCCCUCUCUCCUCCUCCGACCUCCCCUCCCUCUCUCCUCCUCCGACCUCAUCCCCCUCUCCUCCUCGACCUCAUCCCCCUCUCCUCCUCGACCUCAUCCCCCUCUCCUCUUCCGACCUCAUCCCCUUCCCUCCUCCUCCGACCUCAUCCCCCUCUCCUCCUCGACCUCAUCCCCCUCUCCUCCUCGACCUCAUCCCCCUCUCCUCCUCUGACCUCAUCCCCCUCUCCUCCUCCUCCGACCUCAUCCCCUAUCCUCCUCUGACCUCAUCCCCCUCUCCUCAUCUGACCUCAUCCCCCUCUCCUCCUCUGACCUCAUCCCCCUCUCCUCCUCUGACCUCAUCCCCCUCUCCUCCUCUGACCUCAUCCCCCUCUCCUCCUCUGACCUCAUCCCCCUCUCCUCCUCUGACCUCAUCCCCCUCUCCUCCUCCGACCUCAUCCCCCUCUCCUCCUCUGACCUCAUCCCCCUCUCCUCAUCUUACCUCAUCCCCCUCUCCUCCUCCGACCUCAUCCCCCUCUCCUCCUCCGACCUCAUCCCCCUCUCCUCCUCUGACCUCAUCCCCCUCUCCUCAUCUGACCUCAUCCCCCUCUCCUCCUCCUCAUCUGACCUCAUCCCCCUCUCCUCCUCUGACCUCAUCCCCCUCUCCUCCUCUGACCUCAUCCCCCUCUCCUCCUCUGACCUCAUCCCCCUCUCCUCCUCUGACCUCAUCCCCCUCCCCCCAUCCUCCUCAACCUCAUCCCCCUCUCCUCAUCUGACCUCAUCCCCCUCUCCUCCUCUGACCUCAUCCCCCUCCCCCUAUCCUCCUCAACCUCAUCCCCCUCUUCUUCUCCGACCCCCUCCCCCUCUCCUUCUCCGACCCCCUCCCCCUCUCCUUCUCCGACCUCAUCCCCCUCUCCUCCUCCAACCUCAUCCUCCUCUCCUCCUCCUCCAACCUCAUCCUCCUCUCCUCCUCCUCCGACCUCAUCCCCCUCUCCUCCUCCGACCUCAUCCCCCUCUCCUCCUCUGACCUCAUCCCCCUCUCCUCCUCCGACCUCAUCCCCCUCUCCUCCUCUGACCUCAUCCCCCUCUCCUCCUCCUCCUCCGAUCUCAUCCACCUCUCCUCCUCCGACCUCAUCCCCCUCUCCUCCUCUGACCUCAUCCCCCUCUCCUCCUCCUCCUCCGACCUCAUCCCCCUCUCUUCCUCUGACCUCAUCCCUCUCCCCCUCUCCUCCUCCGACCUCAUCCCCCUCUCCUCCUCCUCCGACCUCAUCCCCCUCUCUUCCUCUGACCUCAUCCCUCUCCCCCUCUCCUCCUCCGACCUCAUCCCCCUCUCCUCCUCUGACCUCAUCCCCCUCUCUUCCUCUGACCUCAUCCCCCUCUCCUCCUCCGACCUCAUCCCCCUCUCCUCCUCCUCCGACCUCAUCCCCCUCUCUUCCUCUGACCUCAUCCUCCUCUCAUCCCCCUCUCCCUCUCCUCCUCCGACCUCAUCCCCCUCUCCUCCUCCGACCUCAUCCCCCUCUCUUCCUCUGACCUCCUCCCUCUCCCCCUCUCCUCCUCCGACCUCAUCCCCCUCUCCUCCUCCUCCUCCGACCUCAUCCCCCUCUCUUCCUCUGACCUCAUCCCUCUCCCCCUCUCCUCCUCCGACCUCAUCCCCCUCUCCCCCUCUCCUCCUCCGACCUCAUCCCCCUCUCCUCCUCCUCCUCCGACCUCAUCCCCCUUCUUUUUGAAAACCCCCCAAAAGUCAAGACGAAACAAAGAAAAACUACUACUACAACCAGAAUAUUGCCAGCGCUGGACUGUGGGCUCACUGCCUCAGAGAUCUCCUCUGAGAUUUUUGUAAAAUACAAAAAAAAUGACUUAUUUUUAUUAUCAAGCGGAGAAAAAGACUCAACAAGACUCUGUCCCUUCUUUUCCGGUUUUUGUCACGAUGACUCGUGAUGACGAGCGGUGUUCCACUGACGGAUGACCACUUCCUGUUGUGUACUUCCUGUUUCCUGUGUUGUUAGGAGUCCACCUAUUAACCGUAGUACUACACACUCACCACCAGGUGGAGCUGUUCUGGUCUCGGGUCAGGGGGGAGACGGAGGGAACCCUUUCAUCCACGCAAUACACACACACACACACACACACACACACACACAUAGAUGGUGUAGUUUUGUUUUGAUAAGGUAGUAAUUAGGUUAAAAGCCCCUUUGCCUCCUCUCCUCUCCUCCUCUCCUGUCCUCUCCUGUCCUCUCCUCUCCUCUCCUGUCCUCUCCUGUCCUCUCCUGUCCUCUCCUCUCCUCUCCUGUCCUCUCCUCUCCUGUCCUCUCCUCUCCUCUCCUCUCCUGUCCUGUCCUUUCCUCUCCUCUCCUGUCCUCUCCUCUCCUCUCCUCUCCUUUCCUCUCCUCUCCUCUCCUUUCCUCUCCUCUCCUGUCCUGUCCUGUCCUGUCCUGUCUUGUCCUCUCCUCUCCUCUCCUCUCCUCUCCUCUCCUCUCCUCUCCUCUCCUCUCCUCUCCUCUCCUCUCCUCUCCUCUCCUGUCCUCUCCUCUCCUCUCCUCUCCUGUCCUCUCCUCUCCUCUCCUCUCCUCUCCUGUACCUGUGACCACCUGCCUGACUCUUUUUAAUAUAUAUUAAUUUAUAUUUGUCCUCUUUAUUUUUGUAUUAAAAGGCAGUGAAAGAUUGACUAGAUUGACUAACAACAACAUAUCGUGUCCAUUUUGUUUGUUUUUGGGGGGGGGGGGGGUUGAGAGAAGUCAUCGAUGUUGUUUUGACCACUGAGUUAAACAAUCGUGUUUUUAUUUUGUCGCCACAAGAUUUAGUUACAUUUUAAUCUUCAAAAAAAGAAAAUGUGAGAUUGUGAUUGAGGACGUUAUUGUGUAUUUCUGUGGCCAUGUUUCCUGAGACUUUGUACUGUGCCGUGAUGAUGAUGAGGAUGAGGAUGAUGAAGAGUAAUAAGAAGUGUAUAGUUCAUUUAUCUGACGUUCCUUACAUCACCUGAUCGUAGACGUGUUGACGGUGUAGAUUACAUCACCUGAUCCUAGACAUGUUGAUGGUGUAGAUUACAACACCUGAUCCUAGACAUGGUGUAGAUUACAUCACCUGAUCCUAGACAUGUUGAUGGUGUAGAUUACAUCACCUGAUCCUAGACAUGUUGAUGGUGUAGAUUACAACACCUGAUCCUAGACAUGUUGAUGGUGUAGAUUACAUCACCUGAUCCUAGACAUGUUGAUGGUGUAGAUUACAACACCUGAUCCUAGACAUGUUGAUGGUGUAGAUUACAUCACCUGAUCCUAGACAUGUUGAUGGUGUAGAUUACACCUGAUCCUAGACAUGUUGAUGGUGUAGAUUACAUCACCUGAUCCUAGACAUGUUGAUGGUGUAGAUUACAUCACCUGAUCCUAGACGCGUUGAUGGUGUAGAUUACACCACCUGAUCCUAGACAUGUUGAUGGUGUAGAUUACAUCACCUGAUCCUAGACAUGUUGAUGGUGUAGAUUACAACACCUGAUCCUAGACAUGUUGUAGAUUACAUCACCUGAUCCUAGACAUGUUGAUGGUGUAGAUUACAACACCUGAUCCUAGACAUGUUGAUGGUGUAGAUUACAUCACCUGGUCCUAGACGUGUUGAUGGUGUAGAUUACAUCACCUGGUCCUAGACAUGUUGAUGGUGUAGAUUACAACACCUGAUCCUAGACAUGUUGAUGGUGUAGAUUACAUCACCUGAUCCUAGACAUGUUGAUGGUGUAGAUUACAUCACCUGAUCCUAGACAUGUUGUAGAUUACAUCACCUGAUCCUAGACAUGUUGAUGGUGUAGAUUACACCACCUGAUCCUAGACAUGGUGUAGAUUACAUCACCUGAUCCUAGACAUGUUGAUGGUGUAGGUUACAUCACCUGAUCCUAGACAUGUUGACGGUGUAGAUUACAUCACCUGAUCCUAGACAUGUUGAUGGUGUAGAUUACACCACCUGAUCCUAGACGUGUUGAUGGUGUAGAUUACAUCACCUGAUCCUAGACAUGUUGAUGGUGUAGAUUACAUCACCUGAUCCUAGACAUGUUGAUGGUGUAGAUUACAUCACCUGAUCCUAGACGUGUUGAUGGUGUAGAUUACAUCACCUGAUCCUAGACAUGUUGAUGGUGUAGAUUACAACACCUGAUCCUAGACAUGUUGAUGGUGUAGAUUACAUCACCUGAUCCUAGACAUGUUGAUGGUGUAGAUUACAUCACCUGAUCCUAGACAUGUUGAUGGUGUAGAUUACAUCACCUGAUCCUAGACAUGUUGCUGGUGUAGAUUACAACACCUGAUCCUAGACAUGUUGAUGGUGUAGAUUACAUCACCUGAUCCUAGACAUGUUGAUGGUGUAGAUUACAUCACCUGAUCCUAGACAUGUUGAUGGUGUAGAUUACAACACCUGAUCCUAGACAUGUUGAUGGUGUAGAUUACAUCACCUGAUCCUAGACAUGUUGAUGGUGUAGAUUACAACACCUGAUCCUAGACAUGUUGAUGGUGUAGAUUACAUCACCUGAUCCUAGACAUGUUGAUGGUGUAGAUUACAUCACCUGAUCCUAGACAUGUUGAUGGUGUAGAUUACAUCACCUGAUCCUAGACGCGUUGAUGGUGUAGAUUACACCACCUGAUCCUAGACAUGUUGAUGGUGUAGAUUACAUCACCUGAUCCUAGACAUGUUGUAGAUUACAUCACCUGGUCCUAGACAUGUUGAUGGUGUAGAUUACAUCACCUGAUCCUAGACAUGUUGAUGGUGUAGAUUACAUCACCUGAUCCUAGACAUGUUGAUGGUGUAGAUUACAUCACCUGAUCCUAGACAUGUUGCUGGUGUAGAUUACAACACCUGAUCCUAGACAUGUUGAUGGUGUAGAUUACAUCACCUGAUCCUAGACAUGUUGCUGGUGUAGAUUACAUCACCUGAUCCUAGACAUGUUGAUGGUGUAGGUUACAUCACCUGAUCCUAGACAUGUUGACGGUGUAGAUUACAUCACCUGAUCCUAGACAUGUUGAUGGUGUAGAUUACAUCACCUGAUCCUAGACAUGUUGCUGGUGUAGAUUACAACACCUGAUCCUAGACAUGUUGAUGGUGUAGAUUACAUCACCUGAUCCUAGACAUGUUGCUGGUGUAGAUUACAACACCUGAUCCUAGACGUGUUGAUGGUGUAGAUUACAACACCUGAUCCUAGACAUGUUGUAGAUUACAUCACCUGAUCCUAGACAUGUUGAUGUUGUAGAUUACAUCACCUGAUCCUAGACAUGUUGACGGUGUAGAUUACAACACCUGAUCCUAGACAUGUUGUAGGAUACAACACCUGAUCCUAGACAUGUUGAUGUUGUAGAUUACAACACCUGAUCCUAGACAUGUUGAUGGUGUAGAUUACAUCACCUGAUCCUAGACAUGUUGAUGGUGUAGAUUACAUCACCUGAUCCUAGACAUGUUGAUGGUGUAGAUUACAUCACCUGAUCCUAGACAUGUUGAUGGUGUAGAUUACACCACCUGAUCCUAGACAUGUUGAUGUUGUAGAUUACAACACCUGAUCCUAGACAUGUUGUAGAUUACAUCACCUGAUCCUAGACAUGUUGAUGGUGUAGAUUACAACACCUGAUCCUAGACAUGUUGAUGGUGUAGAUUACAUCACCUGAUCCUAGACAUGUUGAUGGUGUAGAUUACAUCACCUGAUCCUAGACAUGUUGAUGGUGUAUAUUACAACACCUGAUCCUAGACAUGUUGACGGUGUAGAUUACAUCACCUGAUCCUAGACAUGUUGUAGAUUACACCACCUGAUCCUAGACAUGUUGAUGGUGUAGAUUACAUCACCUGAUCCUAGACAUGUUGAUGGUGUAGAUUACAUCACCUGAUCCUAGACGCGUUGAUGGUGUAGAUUACAUCACCUGAUCCUAGACAUGUUGAUGGUGUAGAUUACAUCACCUGAUCCUAGACGCGUUGAUGGUGUAGAUUACAACACCAGAUCCUAGACAUGUUGUAGAUUACACCACCUGAUCCUAGACAUGUUGACGGUGUAGAUUACAUCACCUGAUCCUAGACAUGUUGAUGGUGUAGAUUACAUCACCUGAUCCUAGACAUGUUGUAGAUUACAUCACCUGAUCCUAGACGUGUUGAUGGUGUAGAUUACAUCACCUGAUCCUAGACAUGUUGACGGUGUAGAUUACAUCACCUGAUCCUAGACAUGUUGAUGGUGUAGAUUACACCACCUGAUCCUAGACAUGUUGACGGUGUAGAUUACAUCACCUGAUCCUAGACAUGUUGAUGGUGUAGAUUACAUCACCUGAUCCUAGACAAGUUGAUGGUGUAGAUUACACCACCUGAUCCUAGACAUGUUGAUGGUGUAGAUUACAUCACCUGAUCCUAGACGUGUUGACGGUGUAGAUUACAACACCUGAUCCUAGACAUGUUGUAGAUUACAUCACCUGAUCCUAGACAUGUUGAUGGUGUAGAUUACAUCACCUGAUCCUAGACAUGUUGUAGAUUACAUCACCUGGUCCUAGACAUGUUGAUGGUGUAGAUUACAUCACCUGAUCCUAGACGUGUUGAUGGUGUAGAUUACAUCACCUGAUCCUAGACGUGUUGAUGGUGUAGAUUACAACACCUGAUCCUAGACAUGUUGAUGGUGUAGAUUACAUCACCUGAUCCUAGACAUGUUGUAGAUUACAUCACCUGAUCCUAGACAUGUUGAUGGUGUAGAUUACAUCACCUGAUCCUAGACAUGUUGAUGGUGUAGAUUACAUCACCUGAUCCUAGACAUGUUGAUGGUGUAGAUUACAUCACCUGAUCCUAGACAUGUUGAUGGUGUAGAUUACAUCACCUGAUCCUAGACAUGUUGAUGGUGUAGAUUACAUCACCUGAUCCUAGACAUGUUGAUGGUGUAGAUUACAACACCUGAUCCUAGACAUGUUGAUGUUGUAGAUUACAUCACCUGAUCCUAGACAUGUUGAUGGUGUAGAUUACACCUGAUCCUAGACAUGUUGUAGAUUACAUCACCUGAUCCUAGACGUGUUGAUGGUGUAGAUUACAUCACCUGAUCCUAGACAUGUUGACGGUGUAGAUUACAACACCUGAUCCUAGACGUGUUGAUGGUGUAGAUUACAUCACCUGAUCCUAGACAUGUUGUAGAUUACAUCACCUGAUCCUAGACGUGUUGAUGGUGUAGAUUACAUCACCUGAUCCUAGACAUGUUGAUGGUGUAGAUUACAACACCUGAUCCUAGACAUGUUGAUGGUGUAGAUUACAUCACCUGAUCCUAGACGUGUUGAUGGUGUAGAUUACAACGUGACCUGAUCCUAGAACCGUUUAUAACUUUUUAACCAAUUUCUGCUUAAAAAUAAAACUGUGACUUUUUUCUAAAUGAAACUACUUUGUUAGCCACCCGAUGUUACUAUGACGAUGUUAACGUGUUGCUGCUAAGGUUUUUUUUGUACCGUAGACUUGGAUCUUGAUCUGGAUGGAUCUUAGUACUUCCUGUCCCUCAGUAGGGACUUCCUCCUUGUGUAACAGAUAAAUAUGUCCCCUCCUCUUCCUCUGUGCGUUGUGCUUUAUCCCCCCCCCCUCAGACUAAUGUCAGUUUCUGACUGGUGUUUGUUUAUUAAACAACAAUAUUUA